AUGAUUUUUGGGCGCAUUUGUCUCUCGGUGGCUGCAGCCGCCGCGAUGGUAACGGCUGGUUUGCUUUACCGCGGCUACGACGGUUGGACCAGGUCAGGCGAAUCUGCCGAACAUUCCUUGUCUAAUGCCGCGCAAUCUGAGACUAAUUUUACAUUGGGUGAACACCCUCAUUUACCAGAUGUUAACAUAGAUGAGGAGAACUGUAAAUCGCCAGUUUCGUCGUCCGACGAUGUUAUAGACAGCGUUGAGGUACUGGACGCCGGCAGCGACUUGUACAUGGAUGAGGGCUAUUGGUUUUCACACUCUGACUCUACACCUUCUUUCUGUCAGUUCUCGGAAAAUGGUAGCGAUUACGAGGGUCGGCUUAUGCCACAACCUGCCGUUGGUGUUCCAAGCGUUGUCGCCGCCAGUGCACCCGCCGAAUCUGCAGUCUCGGCAGCAACUGUUGAGCACAAGACGGACGUACCUACUCCAUCAGAAAGAAACUUGAUUCCGUUGCGUGCACGGAGGCGCAACUUCAAACCGCUCAAGGUUCACAUUCCGCAGCCUGAUGCGCGUUUUUCCGGAGAGUCUGUUAAUGAGGCAGCAAAUGGUGAUACCGUGCCACAACACGAGAAACCACAGGGCAGCAGCUUUGACUUCGGAGAUAUGAUGGACUCGGUGCAAAGGUACCCAAGGACCAUUGUAAAAGGCGGUGCCCCGUGGCGGCCAAGGUAUGCAUCGCUUGUAAAGUCGAAAUCCGACGAUGUCGUUUUACCCUCCGAAAAAUCUUCCCAUCGCCUUGGUGAUUUGGAGUCCUCUGGAUGGGACACUCUUGCGGAUUUAACAUCUGUACUCCCGUCCAAGGAGUCUAAGGAUGCAUCUGUGCCACCAUCGGCUGGCAACCAAUCUCGUUACGGGGGCAUCAGCCAAGGAUCCACCGCCGGCCCUUCUCGUGUUUCCUCCGACAAUGAUCGGACUAAAUUACCGUAUGACCCAGUGUUUGAUGCGUAUUCCGAAGGCGUAUGCGUCUACGAUGUGGCACCAGGUGACGGGGAUGCAAUAAACACUGAAGGUGCACCGGACGUGGACCCUGGCAGUUUGGCCGUCUUAGAAUCCGAAAUUGAUGAGAUGGGGUUAAACGUUUCUGAGUUGAGGUGCAAGGUCGAAUCCCUUUUGAUGAGGCACACUGGUAAAUUUUAUGGUGACCAUAAGAUGGCUCAGUUUACCUUAAGGCGGGCUGUGAACGUUUUGCGUCAGUUGGAAACACAGCUUGCGCUGUCAGUCGCCAUUGGGCUUGAAAAUGAGACAGAAACUAUGUCAAAACAAUCCACGGGCAGCUGA